AUGUUCUUACUCAAGUCUUUGGGGAAUAUUGUGUUUGGAGAAAACGAAAGUAGUUUGAUUGAACUCAAGUCUGGUCAGUUGUUUUAUCUUGAUCCCAGCAGUACAAAGUCAUCUCGCUUGCUGAUAUUUAGAGAUGCAUCGCUGAGUGUUCGUCGUACUACUACCAAGUUCAAUUAUCAAUUGGUUGUUACUCGCAUUUAUGAAGAAGGUGAAGCUGAACUGGAUGCUGCGGAUCAAGACGAUUUAGACGAUGAACAUUCGUUUUUAUUGGACAGUCUACUGCAGUUUAGACUGGUUUCAAAAGGAACGACUGCUGCAGUGUCCGGUAAACCGAAAAAGGCUGCACAGAACUCAACUUCUACGUCUGGACUGCCGCCUGGUUUGAUUUGGGCCGAUCCGGACGAUGAAACCGGUACUUGUGGAUGGGAGUUUGUACCAGACGCAACUCAAGUCAAUGAUGUUUCCUGUAAACUACUGGAAGAGAUUGCUUACACUUGCAUGUUUGAACGAGCCAUGAACAAACCCAAGUCGCAGUCUACUGAACAAGAGUUGCAGGACUACGUUGCAGAUGUCAAGAAACUUGCUGAAGAGUCAAGCAUUGGAGUCUGGAAAGCUCCUUUAAAGACUCCUGUCAAAAAAAGUGUUCUUGCAAGUGCUCAUCUCCGCAAUACUGAAUCUACAUUCUCUCCACAGCCCAUGUCUACUGGCCCUUCUUCUCCUGCAACUCCCUCUCCUGCCAUGAUUGUCAAGGCUGAGUCGGAUAAAAACUCUGUUAAAGCUGCAGACGACAAAAAUCCCUUUUUGUCAACUUUACCACAAAUUCCUGCCGUAGAAAUCCCAGUUGGCAAAACUUUGGCUGUUGUUCGCACUGAUUUAUAUCUUUAUAGUGUUUCUGAUUUACAAUUCGAAUUGGCAUCUUCCAAUGUUACUGCCUCGAUUGUAGAAACUGGCGCGUACGAGUUUCAAUUGGUUGUCACUGUAAACAAUCAGCCCUAUAUUGUACAAGCCAUAAAUGCAAGCAUGAACCCUAUUUUUAACAACGAACAUCUGUCAUUUGUCUGGGUUUGGCUUGAUCUGACGACUGGCACUCCAUUGAUUUCGUGGUCUCUCAAGUUUGAACCUAAUAAUGCUCAGGAUUUAAACCACUUUAUGCAAAUCUUUUCCCAAUGCAUGAACGAAACCAGUCAUAAGCGUGAUUUUUCAAAACUCACCGAAUCAGAUCAGAAAUACAUCACUCGUGCGUUUCAAGAAGAUGUGGAAAUGACCGAUGCACGCGAUGAUGAGCGCGAGGCAGAGGCUGCGGAGGAAGAUUUACUAGAAGAGGGUGAAGAUGAGGAGGAAGACAACCCAAAUUCUUGUGCUAGAUUUGAAUCGGCUGAUACUUCAACUCAAAGCAAAAACAGUCUACUUGCUGUGGGAUAUAAGCAUGACAGAUCUUUUGUCGUUCGAGGCAACCGCAUUGGAGUUUUUAAACACACUGAUGACCAAGGACUCGAGUUUUCCACUACCAUCAACAAUGUUGGCACAAUGGAUGGUACACUCUUUUCCCCGCGUCGAGUCAUGCUUCACGAACAAGAAUCGUCUAUGCUGCUUAUGAAUCCCGAUGAUAAACGCAAGAUAUUUCGUAUGGAUCUUGAGCGUGGUAAAGUCAUUGAAGAAUGGAAAGUGGACGAUGACAUGGACGUGAAUGAAAUUAUCCCUGACAAAAAAUACGCUCAGUUGACUCAAGAAAAAACUGUCAUUGGUAUCAACAGCAAUGCUAUUUUCAGAAUUGAUCCUCGCUUGGCUGGCAACAAGCGCGUCGAAGCACAGUCCAACGUGUACAAGACUUCUAACCAGUUUAGCGUUGCAUCUACUACAGGAAACGGUGAACUAGCUGUUGCAUCUGACAAGGGCGAUAUUCGUCUUUACAAUAAGCUCAAUAUUCGUGCCAAAACUUUACUUCCAGGUCUUGGUGACCCCAUUAUUGGCAUUGACUCUACAGAGAAUGGCAAGUAUUUGCUCGCUACAUGCAGUACAUAUCUACUGUUAGUGGAUACUGAGAUUGAAGGCGAAGCUGGAGGUAAAAAUGGCUAUCAAAAAGGCAUGGGUGAUAAAAAACCAGUACCAAAGCGACUUCAACUUCGUCCUGAGCAUGUAGCAUGGAUGGGCGAGAAUGUUUCCUUUACUCCUGCGCGUUUCAAUACCGGCGACUCUUUGGAAAAAACCAUCAUUACUUCCACUGGUCCGUAUGUGAUUACAUGGAACUUUCGCCAGGUUAAACUCAGUAGAAGUGGAAAGCAACCCGAAUACUCCAUCAAAAGAUAUUCAGAAAAUGUUGUUGCGGAUAACUUCAAGUAUGGCGGUGAUCGCUCAAUUAUUGUUGCACUUCCCGAAAAUGUCGAAAUGGUUUCCAAGCGUACACUUCAAACGCCCACAAAAACACUCAAAUCAAGAUCCAAUAUUGUCAAUUCUCCCUAUUGAUUCGAUUUUCUCCCAUAUUUUUUGAUUUGUUUGAUUGCAUUUAUUCAAAUAGGUUUGGAGUUGCUUCUAUUGUCAGCUUUAAAUAAAGACAAUGCAUACUAUCUUGA